AUUUUAAUGGCUUCAUAAUUUGUGGUUGAAGAGUCAUCCCCUUCAGCCAAACUCUCCAACUCCAUCAAGUUUCAGUUUCACCUUCCUACUCUAGACAGAGGGUAGCGCUCUCCCCUACCUGCUAUUGUUAUUACCCCAUAAUCACUCCAUAAAUCGUAAUUCUGACAAAGCCCACCUGUUGGUAUUAAACUAAAAUUUUCAAAUUCAAAGGAUUGGAUUCGGGAGAUUCAAGAAAUAAAUCACUGCUAAAAUGGUAGUUUUGCAAAUGCGUGGUAAUGGUAAAGUGCAGGAGAGGAAUAAGGAUAUGAAUCAGAAACCUUCAUUGUCUAAGGUAGAGAAAAUGGGUCCAAAAAAUUGUGUUGUCGACGCAUCUGCUUGUUCAAAUAUGCUGCGGCGUUUAAAAGGACUUGCAUUGGAUCCAUGCGGACCAGAAACAUUGAAAGAUUUGGCUGGAAAGUUACAGAAUCAGACUCUUACGUUGCGGAAAGUCUGGCAUUCGAAUAAUUCUGAAUGUUCUAAAAAAAAGAGAAAGCUUGAGCAGUUUCUACAAGGAAAAUACACAAAGGCUUCUGGAUCGGCUUCACAGAAUUCUAAAAGCAGAAAAUUUGAGACAUUCGGUUGUAAGCAGCUAGAUUCUGCUUCGGGCUUACCCGAUUUAGCUGUCGGGAACUCUUGCAGUUCAGGCAGUGUGUUGACAUUCGACAGUACUUUCCAAAGGAACGCGACAAACUGGCCUCCGUUCAACAAUAGUUUUUCUUGUCAAGUUGACACGGAGGAAUCAAUUAAUAGUUCAAAACCAUCAAGUUUGGAAAACUUCAUUGCCCACAAUCAAACCUUGGAGGAUUCCUCUGAGUUGAUUAGCAGUUCAAAUUCAUCAAGUUCAGAAGAGAAACUUCUACAAGUCAGGUCACUGAUCACUGAGAGUGAAGGUGAAAAUCUUCCAAGAGCUGUUAUUCCUAUAGGGCCAGGAUUCCAAGCUGAAAUUCCAGAGUGGAAGGGUCCAAUCAACAAGAAGGAUCUUUAUGGUUGUGAUGGUGAUUCAGAAAGUUUGAAAUGGUUGGGCACUAAAAUAUGGCCCCUUAAAGGAAAAUCUAGUUUAAAGAACCGCAGCUCUAAAGUAAUUGGGAGAGGUAGACCUGACUCUUGUCAUUGUGACUCUCCAGGAUCUAAAGACUGCAUUAGAUGCCACAUGCUUUCAGCUAGGCAUGAUUUGCAGUCUAAUCUUGGUCCUGCUUUCUUUUGUUGGAAGUUUGAUGAAAUGGGAGAAGUAGUUUCAAAAGCAUGGACAUUGAGGGAGCAAGAAAUGUUUAAAUCUUUUGUGAAAAACAAUCCACUGCCAAAUGCAGCAGGUUUUUGGGAAGCAAUCUCCAAGCUUUUCCCAUCCAAGUCCAAGAAGACCAUUUUGAGUUAUUACUAUAAUGUGUUCAUCCCUCGACGCCUGGGCAAGCAAACAUGCUUCUCUUGUAGUCAAGUCGAUAGUGAUGAAGAUCAAAUCGAUGAUGACGAAAACAAGGGAUUAUGCUGGAGGAGGUACAAAGCUAAACAUGAUAUAUAAGCUUGACAUGUGAAUUGCCCACUUCUAUCCAAAAUUGGAAUGAGAAUUUUCAACAUUUUCAAUGUUAGGGAGGAGUUAUCUUUUUUAUUUUGGUUUACUAUCUUGCUAUAUGUAAUUUUAAAUAUUUAAAACUAAUUUCUGAAUUAAAGUAAGUUUUUCUUAGA